GUGCCCGCCUACUCGCCGAGAAAGAGACGCCUGCGCUCGGUUCGAAAAUGGAGACGUCUCUCGUCAGCUGAGCUUCGUUCGCCUAAUUUGCCGACGAUUCGACCGUACCUGCAGCCUUAUUCGACUGGCAAAACGUUCAAAGUCGGCUCGGCCGACCAGGCAUUCUUGACUUAAAGAAGAUGAAUCCUGAUCCAAGCAAAACUCCUGGAGCCUCGAAUGAAGGCUCCUCUGACGCCCAGCAGCAAACGCAGGGCUCUGACGUGAACUCGCAGAAAGUCGGAACUCCUCAGCCUUCGCCGGCUGCUGCUGGCAUGGCUUCACCAACAAUGGUUCGUGGCCCUCAGAUGUCUCCAGCGCUGCAGUUCUCGCUGCAGAUGGCGCAGAUGCAGCAGCAGGUGCAGCAACAUCAGCAGCAGCAGCAGCAACAACAACAACAACAACAGCAACAACAACAACAGCAACAACAACAACAGCAGCAGCAGCAACAGCAGCAGCAACAUCAACAAGCUGCAUCGCCCCAUCAACAAACCAUGACGCAGAUCAGCAUUCAGCAGCAGAGUCCUAUGGGGCCGCCACAACAACCUCAAACUCAGCAAACGCAACAGGCCCAACAACAGCAACAGCAGCUGGAGCAAGCCUCCGUCGCGCAGCACCAACAGGGAAUGCAACAGAUCCAGUUAAUCCAACAGCCGCAACAGAAUCAAAUGUACGUCCAGCAAGUGUACAACCCCGCCAACGGCCAGUUCCUGCUGCAGCCUGCCAACAUGGGCCAACCGUUGCAGAGCGUUCCAAACGUGGUGCAACUGCAAGCCAAGAGCUCGAUGGUGCCUCUGCAACACAACAAGCUGCCCGCAGGUCUUCUGCCCACUACCCAGGUGAUUGCGUCACCGGGAAAGCCCUUCCAGCACAUGCAGUUCACUCCGCAGCUCAUCACAGCCCAGGGCAAACCCAUGCUGCAGCAGGGACAAACAGCGUCGUAUCCAAGCUACGCCACCAUCCCGAGCAGCUCCAGUCAGACGCUUGUGCUUCCCAUGGGCGUGCUGGCCGGUCAGUCCAACUUGAUUUCCACGGCGCAGAACGCACAGCAAGCUAAGCCGGACAUGUCCAAGCAGCAGCAGGCGGUGAGCAAGGCGCAGGUGCAGCAGGGAGUGAUGCAGCAGUCUCACUUGAUCACAACGCAGGCACCCAUGAUCAACAGCCAGGGACAACUGGUCAACCCCAUUCAGCAGUACCAGGUGUACAAUCCUGGCAUGCAGCAAAGCAUCUGGACCUCUGGCAAUCUUCCUCAGAACACGGUGCUGCAGAGCGCCCCGGUUUACAUCCGCAGCAUGCAGGCUGACGGCAGCUCCCUCUUCAUCCCCCAAAAUGCGCCGCCUCAGUCAAUGCAACAGCACAAUCCCGCGGCAGCUGCGGCGGCGGCGGCUAUGCAGUCAAAUGCAGCAGCGGCGGCGGCAGCGAUGCCAGGAGCUGCACCGCCUCCUCCAAUGCAGCAAAAGCAAAUCAGACCCGAACUGCCAGCCAACAUCCAGCCGAAAAUCGCGCAACGCAGCUUGCUGCCUUCCGACGUCAGACCUUCUGUCUCGACUCAAACAGCCGGAAUGCAAGCAAAGCAAGGAGGAAAGGUGCGCCAGAAGAUUGGGCCGCGCGCCCCAGGCAUCGCCAGACCCAACAAGGGCGAUGAAUUUCAGCAAAAGAUGCAGGUCGUCGACCCUCAGCAGCAGAUGCAACAGCAAGGCCAGCCGCAACCCCAACAUACUCAACAGCAGAUUCUUUUCAACAACAACAGGUACAUAGUCAACACGUUAGGCAGCCCGCAAGGUCCGAUGGGGCCUGGAAUGCCACCAAAUGUGGGUCAACAAGGAAUGGUGUUGACGACCAGUCUUGACGGAAAGACGGCCAUGGUAUCAGCCAGCGGCCAGCCAGGGCAAAAGAUGAUGCCUAUCACCAUACAAGGUGCCAUGGGAGCCAUGGCGGCGGGUCCCGCAGGCCAGAUGAUGCCGCAGCAUAUGGCCAAGGUCGGCGGCCAUCCCGGCCAGAUGAUGCCGAUCGCUCCGCCGAUCCAGCAGACGUCUCAGUUGGUCAUGGCCUCCCCUUCCCAGCAGCCCCCUGCAGUGCCAUCAGCCGUCGUGCCGCCCCCUAUGCAGCCCGUGCCCCCCAGCGCCCCCAAGAUUGAAGAAGUGGCCUCCUCUCAGCCAAACAAGGAUCUUCAGACCACCGCUGAGCCCAUGGAGGUCACCGAGGACAAAGAAGGUGCUGGCGUUGAGGACAAGGAGUUACUCGGAGGAGACUUGGAGGGCGCCGAUGAUCUGAAGGACAAAGGAAGACUGAAGGCGCUCGUAAAGCCACAGCCACAUAUCCUCACACACGUUAUUGAAGGAUUUGUAAUACAAGAAGCUUCUGAGCCGUUUACUAUUGCUCGAAAUAACGCCAUGCAAGACCAGACGAGCCAGUGCUCCGACAAAGAGAACCAAGUCAACGGGGCGGCGGAACCAGAUCAAGCGGGAGGCAUUGCGCCACGUACAACAGCCGUUUGCGAGUUCUGCAACAAAAUCGACUCAGCCAACAAGUUCAAGAAGUCGAAGCGCUUUUGCAGCAACUCGUGUUCAAAAAGGUUUAAUGUUAGUUUCAGCAAAAGGUGCGCGAAUGAAGAUGGAUCGCCGUCGGCAAAGAAGCAAGCUACAGAGACUGAUCUGAAAAACUCGAGUGGAAUCGCUGCCUCCAAUGAUCUCAGUACCGGCGCAGGAGGCGAGGACGGCAGUGGCGGCGCGGGAGCUGUGCCGGAGCUGCCAAUUCCUCCAACCGCGGGCUCAAACCCGCUGAAAUGGUCGGUGGUGGAGGUGUCCGAUUUUAUCCAAGGCCUGCCCGGCUGCGCCGAGUACGCUGAUGACUUCCGGCUGCAGGAGAUUGACGGGCAGGCGUUGAUGCUGCUCAAGACGGACCACUUGAUGACUGCCAUGGCCAUCCGCCUCGGACCGGCCCUCAAGAUCUGCUCACGCAUCGAGCAGCUCAGAGCUCUUGUGCCUGCCGAGACCCCGGCCUCUUAGCUGUCCUGUAGUUGUAGUAUAAUUAAGGUCAAGGUUGCUCCGUUUUGUUAAAUUCUCGUUUUUGUCUGUUUUGAUGUACGUAUGGAAAAGUCUUUCCUCAUCGCCUAAAAUUUUAAUGUGAGUUUGGAAGUACAAUUUUUGAGCACUGCCCAUGAACAAAAUGCUUUGUGGGCACCACUGUGCCUCAACUACAAUACAACUCUCUAAAUGUAGUUUUUUGUCCUGUAACGUUAUUAAUUUUAUUUUAUAGAAAAUCAACCUUUUAGUUUAACAUGUGAUAAAUAUCAUGAUUAUUACAAGAUCAAUUCAUGACGAAACGGAGCAGCCUUUUUUAAUCCUAUGGCAACACAUUUAAACUCUGUUGAAUUGGACGGAGUACUGCCUUUGUGCUGCAGCUGGAUUGUAAUAAAACUUUCUACACUCGACCACAUUUUCUAUUAUACACAAAAACUUUCAAUAAAAUCAAGUUUAUAACUAGAAUUAUUUCAAA